AUGGCGGUCUUAAGUAGAAAACUGUGGUGGCAAUGGCGAAUUAUUCUGGUGGCGUUGACAGUUCAGUUAUCAGUCCUUGCCGGCGGCGAAUAUUUUAAGCCUUUCAACGUGACUUACGAUCAUCGAGCUUUAAUCAUUGAUGGUCAGCGGCGUAUGCUUAUCUCCGCCGGAAUUCACUACCCUCGCGCCACCCCUGAGAUGUGGCCGGAUAUUAUAGCUAAGAGCAAGGAAGGAGGAGCAGACGUAAUUGAAACUUAUACAUUUUGGAAUGGUCAUGAGCCUGUUAGAGGGCAGUACAACUUUGAAGACCGAUAUGACAUUGUCAAGUUUGCAAAGCUAGUUGGUGCGAACGGGCUCUAUCUACUUCUUCGUAUAGGUCCUUAUGUUUGUGCAGAAUGGAACUUCGGGGGUUUACCUGUUUGGCUCCGCGAUAUCCCUGAUAUAGAAUUUCGAACUGAUAAUGCACCAUUUAAGGUGGAAAUGCAAGGGUUUGUUGAAAAAAUUGUGGAGUUGAUGCGAGCAGAGUCUCUUUUCUCUUGGCAAGGUGGUCCUAUCAUUCUGUUGCAGAUAGAAAAUGAAUAUGGAAACAUUGAGAGCUCUUUUGGUUCGAAAGGGAAUGCUUAUAUGAAAUGGGCUGCAGAAAUGGCUGUUGGGCUGAAUGCUGGUGUUCCGUGGAUCAUGUGCAGACAAGUUGAUGCUCCUGAGUAUAUUCUAGAUACUUGCAAUGCCUAUUACUGUGAUGGAUUCAGGCCAAAUUCCCCAAAUAAACCGGUUAUUUGGACGGAAGACUGGGAUGGAUGGUAUACAAGUUGGGGUGGAAGAAUCCCGCAUAGGCCAGUUGAAGACAUUGCAUUUGCAGUUGCUCGCUUUUUCCAACGAGGAGGAAGCCUUAUGAAUUACUAUAUGUUUUUUGGUGGAACAAAUUUUGAGCGAACUUCAGGUGGACCAAACCAGAUUACAAGUUAUGACUAUGAUGCUCCAGUUGAUGAAUAUGGACUGCUGAGCCAACCUAAAUGGGGUCAUUUGAAAGAUCUACAUGCUGCCAUUAAGCUUUGUGAACCUGCUCUAGUUGCUGCUGAUUCAUCUGAGUACAUGAAACUGGGGCCCAUGCAAGAGGCGCACGUGUAUCGUGGACAUAUAAGCGACCGUGGCCAAAAUUAUACUUUAUACCAGAGCUGCUCAGCAUUUCUUGCAAAUAUUGAUGAGCAUAAAUCAGCUUCAGUGCGAUUUCUUGGUCGAGUGUACACUUUACCGCCGUGGUCUGUUAGUAUACUACCAGACUGCCAGAACGUAGCUUUCAACACUGCAAAGGUUGGAGCCCAAAUUUCUGUGAAAAGUGUCAGUUUGGAUAUCGCCUUACCACGAGAAGGUUCUCUUUUGCCACAAAUGAAGACUGAGGAUAUCGUAGCACCUAAUUUGGAAUCCUGGACUAGCUGGAAAGAGCCAAUUGGUCCAUGGGGGGAUAACAAAUUUACUUUCCCAGGCAUACUGGAACAUUUGAAUGUGACAAAAGACUUGUCUGAUUAUUUAUGGUAUAAAACCAGAGUUUAUAUUUCUGAAGACGAUGUGUUAUUUUGGGAGCAAAAUCAAGUCAAGCCUCUUCUCAACAUCAGUAGCAUGCGUGACGUGGUGAGGAUCUUCGUAAACGGAAAGCUUUCAGGUAGUGCAAAGGGCCAUUGGGUGAAGGUGGUACAGCCUAUUAAUCUUUCACAAGGUUACAAUGAUGUAGUUCUUCUGUCUGAAACGGUGGGCUUGCAGAAUUAUGGUGCGAAGCUUGAGAAAGAUGGUGCAGGUUUUAGGGGUCCAAUCAAAUUGGUGGGAUUUAAGAAUGGAGAUCUAGAUCUUACUAAGUCAUCUUGGACUUACCAGGUAGGGCUUCAGGGUGAGUAUCAGAAAAUUUAUGCUGUUGAUGAAAGUGAAAAUGCUAGAUGGACUACUUUUCCUCCUGGCUCAACUCCGUUCACUUUUUCUUGGUACAAGACUCAUUUUGAUGCCCCCGAUGGGACUGACCCAGUGUCUCUGAAUCUAAGAAGCAUGGGAAAAGGUCAGGUUUGGGUAAAUGGUCAUCACAUUGGAAGAUAUUGGACUCUUGAAGCUCCAAAAGAUGGUUGCCAAAAUAUUUGCGACUAUCGUGGUGCAUAUAAAUCAGAUAAAUGCACCAAAAAUUGUGGAGAGCCUACUCAAGUCUGGUACCACAUCCCAAGAUCAUGGUUGCAGAAAUCAGGCAAUUUACUUGUCAUUUUUGAGGAAACAGAGAAGACGCCUUUUGACAUUUUUGUUCAAACGCGCUUCUCAAAAAUAAUUUGUUCUAAAGUGUCAGAGGACUACUAUCCACCAUUAGAAAUAUGGUCGUCAACUUCAUACGUAAAAAAUGGGGUAUUUUCUGAUAGUGACAUUGUACCGGUAAUGAAAUUGAAAUGCGAAGAUGGGUACUCUAUCUCCUCAAUAGAGUUUGCAAGCUACGGUACUCCUCAUGGGAGCUGCCAAGCUUUCUCAUUAGGAAACUGUCAUGCUCCUAGCACAAGAUCUCUAAUAUCUCAGGCUUGUGUGGGAAAAAACAGCUGUGCAAUUAGGGUGUCAAAUUCAAUCUUUGGAGACACAUGCCGAGGUACUCUAAAGACAUUGGUUGUUCAGGCAAGGUGUUCUUCGACUUCUGGUAGCUCUUCAGCUAUGUGA